GCAGCUGCACGCCCCUCCCCCACCACGGCGGCCAGGCAGCAUGACCGGGGCUCGAGCUGGGGAAGCUUCCCGCCCGUUGCACCUCCGCCCUUGAUAGCCACGCAGCAUUUGCUGUAUCCUUUGCAACGUACCCACCUAGUCCUAUCGCCCUCUAGAUCGGGAGUCAGGCACCGUGUCUGGAUGUGACACCUCCGGGACGCCGCACCCCCGAACGCCUCCGCCUCCACCGCCGCCUGCAAUAGCCGCUCCACCUCGACGCCAACAUGAACGACUUCGAGCGCGUCGGCCGCAACCUCGUGCGCACCUUCUACGACCCCCUCCCGACCAACGACUCCAAAGACCCCAUAUGGCUGCUCGGCGAGCGCUACGAUCCCAAGCCGCCGCUCAGGUCGCCGCCUAGCGACACGCCCUCGACCACGCGCUCCACCACCGAGCCCGCACAGAACGAGCGCGGCGAAGACGAGAGCUGGAUAAGAACCAGCGUCGACGAGACCGACCGCAAAGAGGCCCCCAACGGGCAGGACCCGGCCCAGUAUGGCGGCUGGCCAUCUGCCUUCCUGGACGACUUCGAAUCGCGCAUAUGGAUGACCUACCGCUCGGGCUUCGCCGCCAUCCAGAAGAGCCAGGACCCCAAAGCAACAGCCUCCAUGAGCUUCCGCGUGCGCAUGCAGAACCUCGCCUCGCCAGGCUUCACCUCGGAUACGGGCUUCGGCUGCAUGAUCCGCAGCGGGCAGUGCAUUCUGGCCAACGCGCUGCAGACGCUGCGGCUGGGGCGCGACUGGAGGUGGCAGGAACACACAGCAGACCCGGCACAUUGCGCUAUACUGUCGCUCUUCGCCGACGACGCACGAGCGCCCUUCUCCAUACACCGUUUCGUUGAGCAUGGCGCAGCCGUGUGCGGCAAGUACCCAGGCGAGUGGUUUGGGCCAUCGGCAGCAGCGCGGUGCAUACAGGACCUGGCGAACAAGCACAAGGAAGCCGGGCUCAAGGUCUAUGUGUCGGGCGAUGGCGCAGACGUGUACGAGGACAAGCUGAAGCAGAUCGCCGUCGACGACGACGGAAACUGGCAGCCUACACUCAUCCUCGUGGGCACCAGACUAGGCAUCGACAAGAUCACGCCCGUCUACUGGGAGGCGCUGCAGGCUGCUCUGCAGAUGAAGCAGAGCAUCGGCAUUGCCGGCGGCCGCCCCUCAGCAUCCCACUACUUCGUCGGCACCCAAGGCACCACCUUCUUCUACCUCGACCCGCACAGCACCCGGCCCCUCCUGCCCUACCACUCCCCCCCAGACACCGCCUCCCCCUCCCCUCCCGCCACCACCACCACCACCACCGCGCCCCUCACAGCCUCCGAAUCCACAAUCACCGACUCCCAAACCACCAUCGUCCCCACCCCAGACCCCUCCUACACGCCCCCCGACAUCGCCACCUGCCACACGCGCCGCAUCCGCCGCCUGCAGAUCCGCGAGAUGGAUCCGUCGAUGCUGCUCGCGUUCCUGGUCACCGACGCGGCCGACUACGCGGCGUGGAAGGAGGGCGUGCGCAGCGUGCAGGGCAAGUGCGUGGUGCAUGUGCAGGAGCACGAGCCGGCGCCGCGGGGCCAGGAGAGGGCGGGCGCCGUCGACGAGGUCGAGAGCUGGGACGAGGACGGGCUGCAGUGAUCAGUGAUAUGUGGCACGGGGCUGGCUGGGUAAGGAUGCAUCUUUUGGCGUUUGGGGCGUCGGGUAGAUGCGCAUUCACAUGUGUCGGCUUCGCGCUGCUGUCUGCACAUACAUAGCUCGGGGUUGAAUGCAAUAAUUGG